AAAAAAUAUACAAACUGUGUUUCGUGCGAAUCCGAAGACAAACAAACAGUGACUUGGAUAACAAUUUGAAUUUCUUUCGAGACGAAUUCGAAUUUACUUGCGGGAAAUAGUGCGGGCGCGUUUCGAAAAAAAAUCUCCGGAUUUUAGUGUAAUGAAUGAUCCGAAGCGAUGGGAAAUAUUAACCUCGUCGAAACCAGUGUGACAAACUUGCCGCCCGGAAAAAAUGGCGGAGUGUUCGUUUUCGAGAUGCAUUCAACAGAGAAGGAAUAUUAGAAGAGAGCUUCAAAGAUGGACAAAAACCAUGGUUCAUAUUGUCGGGUUGGAACGCAUCGCUGAGGAGUUGAUGGGUCGAAGGAAAUGGAAACUAUACCAAGAAUCCAUGUCGAGAAGUUAUCUGCAACCGUUGAACAACAAUAUAAAAAGAACAAACGAAGUCGAUACGGACGAGUAUCAUCAUCAGAAGGAAGCGAAGUCCAACCGCCUGCAAACGCAAACGCCGAACACCGACUCCGAAUCGGACAAGGACCAUUCGAAGCAAGGAGGAGGCAAGCAGGAAGCGCUGAACGGAACGGAGGGCGACAGGGCGAAAGAAGAGGAUCGCGAGGAGCGCCAGAAGGAAAACGAAAACGACUCGGACAGAUUGAAAGACUGGACGCCGCCAACCAAGUGUCAUUUUUGCGUGGACGGCAAGCUGGAUAGUGAACACACUGCGCACGGGGUGUUGAGUCCCCGUUUAUCGGACUCAGAUACUUCGGAUAGUCACAGUGACAGCGAAGUGCCCACAUCUCUAUUACCUACCUCUCGGGGGUUGCUCAACAACCACCAUCGUCACAGAUCUAACAUACAAAAUCCGGUACCGCCGCCGCUCGCAAUGACAACGAUCGAAAACAACAUGAUCGCCGCCGCCUCGUUGGCGGCGGCGAUAUCGGGCGGCCAGAGCCCCGUCGGCGCCCCCAACUCCAUAUUGCCCUUCUACAAUCACCCGAACCUGAUGACGCACGACCUGUUCCACCUGUCCAACGUCGUCCGGACGUUCCAGGCCGCCGCGGCGCUCAACGAGAAGAGCAACGGCAACACCGCCACCGGCGAGCAGCCCCUCGAUCUGAGCAAGGGGGCGGUGAACAACCAGAGCGCGCCCCAAGGCGCCGACCACAGGACCGAAGCCGGCGCCAAUCUCAGGCUGCCCACUUUAGAACAACGGCACAUAUUCAAUUCUGAUUCCAGAGCGAAGCCUAGGAUGUCGACGGUGGCCGGCCGACGGACCUACACCGAGGACGAGCUCCAGGCGGCCCUGAGGGACAUCCAGUCGGGCAAGUUGGGCACGCGACGGGCGGCCGUCAUCUACGGCAUACCCAGGUCCACGUUGCGCAACAAAGUCUACAAACUGGCGCUCGAGCGCGAACGCGAAUCGCACCUCAACAGCUCGACGCCGCUCGAGGACGAGACCAUGGAGGACGAGAACAACCUCUCCGGCACCGAGGAGGAGAAGGCCGUCGAGAAGGCCCUGCAGGGCCCUUUGGUCUCACUCGCCGAUAUUUUCCGAAUGACCGGCAGAGAUAUCCCCGAGGCUUUGAAGAAAAGCGACGAGGGGCAGGACGCGUGGGGCGGGCUGGACUACAGCGAGAUGGCGCCGUACCUGAACUUCCUCGCGUCGCAGAACAUGCUGAGCCAGAAGCCGGCGGACGGGCCGAUGGUGGCCGGCAUGAUACCGGAGCUGAUGAAGAAGAUGCUCGACGAUCACUUCAAGAUGCAGCAAAACGGCGACAGCGACAAGAUCGCGAGGCCGAGCCCGAGCAAUUCGGUGAUCAUCAAGCACGAGCGCACCAAAUCGGAAUCGGACAUGGAGACCGACGACGCCCCGUCGAAUGUGAUACUAAAAAUUCCGUCCUUCAGGCCGACGACGUCGAGUAAAAACGGAUGCGACGCCAUCAGGAGUCAAAUCGAACCAUCAGACGUAAUUCCAGCAGGCAGUAUACUGUCUCCUCCAGUGACCAGCGAAUCGGGCUCGCCGCCGAUAUUGCCUCCGAAGGGGCUGAACAUAAUGAAAGACGUGAAGGACGUCAUAGCUCAAAGCAUCAGCCAGAAGUUCCAUCAGCCGAUGGAGCCGCGCCGGCCGGUCAUCGACAUCGAUUUCAAGCGGAGCGGCUUCACGCCGCCCCUCGGCUCCGGCAUAUCGGUCAUCAAGACGCAGCAGGACCUGAGCAGGCAAUUCCAGCAGCAACAGCAGCAGCAGCAGUCGCCCAAACCGCCGCAGAGCGCGAAUAGUACGCCGACGGGCGGUAAAGGUACUCGGCCGAAACGAGGUAAAUAUAGAAAUUACGAUAGAGACAGUUUAGUGGAAGCGGUGAGGGCGGUUCAAAGGGGCGAAAUGUCGGUGCACAGGGCGGGUAGUUAUUACGGAGUGCCUCAUUCCACUCUGGAAUACAAAGUGAAAGAAAGACAUUUAAUGAGACCGCGAAAGCGCGAUCCCAAACCGAAUCCGGUAGACGAAAAAAUAGCGAGUCUAAAGCAAAACGACAUUCGCAACUCCCAGGAGAAGAUGAAGUCGAUGAUGAAGCCUCCGCAAAAGUUCUCGCCGACCUCUCCGAACGGCAUGAAGCUGCCGCUGUUCGAAUCGGGCAUCUCGCCGUUGACGGGCUUCAACGGGCCGCCGUUCCCGUUCUGGGCGCCGGCCGGCUUCCCGCCGAUACCCAUCGACUACGCGCGCAACCAGGCCAGCUCGUUCCCCGCCAGCCCGGACUUCUUCGCCUCGCAGAUGAUGCAGAAGCUGCAGGAGGAGUCGAGCCGGGCCGUGCCCCAGCAGUCCCCCGGCGGUCCGACCCUGUCGAAGAACGCCAGGCAGCGGGCCGAGUCGCUGCUGGAGACGACGGCGCCCAACGGGUCCUUCCUCGACGGCAUCAUCCGGUCCAGCCUGGAGUCCGGCGUGCCGGGCAGCGAGGACAAGUCGCUCAACGAGGACAAGAACGUCGCGCCCGAGAACAUGUCCAACAAGGCGCUGCUGGAUCAGCUGUGUCGAAAUAGCCGGCUGCCGCCUCUCUCCAAACCGCCCGCUUCGGAGGGCACGCACAGCUCCGAAGACGAGUCCUGUAGGAAAAGUAUUAGUCCAUUGAAUUAUACCACUGCGGAAACUUCGCAAGAUGACAACGAUGACGAUUCAUCGUCCCGAUUCGACAAAGACGGUGCGGAGGUGCAGAUGAUCGAGCUCUCGAACGAUUCGAACGCCUCGAGCGAGAGGAAGGUGAACGAGGAGGAGAGGCGACAGCCCAGGCUCUACGUGAAGCAAGACCUGGCGAAGCCUGAGAACCUGAAACCGGAAAUGCUGAUGCGCUUUCCGGAAGUACUGGCGGACGUGGACCACAACGGUUUGGCGGAAAGUGCGCCUAGCAGUGCCUCAGACAAUGACGGGCCGCAAGACUGACAUCAACCGCAACCAGAAAUGUUUGUACCUAUGCUAAGUGACAGAAUUUUAUACUGAAGACGUACUUUAUUAUGUAAACAAAAGAGAGAAAUUUUAGGAGAGACAAGUUUCCAUGUUGGAAAUUGUCGUGGUUGUAAGUAACAAAAAAUAAUAUGAGCGCGAAAAUGACGGUGUUUGUUGAUAAUUAUUUAUUGUUUUUUUUUAAUUAAUUUCUUUUUGAUUUUUCUAGAGUAGUCUUGUCGCUAAGCAUCAAAGCAGUUAGUUGUAUUAGGUGUUUUUGACUCUAAAAUGUAUAUUGAAAUUAUAAGUUACGUGAAAUAGUCAAACUUUGUUUUUUAGGUACCUGCGCUCUUUGUUUUUCGAAUGUUUAUCUGAGUAAUUACCUGCGAUUUAUAUUAAGAGAUGAAAUUUUUUGGGAUAUUCUAAACGGUUGUAAAAUUUUUAUAAUAUUUUUAUAAUACUUUUAUACAAUUUUGAGGAAAAAAAUCGGUUAAAUUAGUUAGUUUUUAGUGAUUUAUUGAAUAUCCUGUACCAAAAAGGAUUACUAGAUAAACAUUUUUGUAAUAUUCUUUACAUAACCGGUUAUUAAAAAUUGUUAAAAUUCGCUUUGUAUUUAAUUAGGCGGUUUGACUUUUACACGUAAAUAAAUGUUUAUUGUUCGAUGUAUUUGGCAUGUUCCAAAGUAAAAUAAUUAUAAAUGUCUUUUUCUAUGUGUCUUCGACGUCAAGUAUACCUCAGUCUGUAUAGAAAAAAAAAUCACUACCUACUACAUGUUCUCAUACAUUAAGAACUGCUUUGAUGAAGAGAAUUAUUACAUAUAUCGAAAACCCUUGGGAU